AAUUCCACAAAAUGGCGAACGCUGCGAAUGGGAUGCUUUUACAAGAGCCAAAAUCUGGCCCCACUGGCUAUCCUUUGCAACCUCGAUCACCCAUAAGAAUUUUAUCUGGAAGAAGAAGUAAGAGCCCGUACUAUGAAGACCCGGUGUCGGAGAGAGAAGAGUGGUGGCGAUCCACAUUAAAGGACACACCUGUUCCUGGAAGUUAUGAACUGAAAGAUUUUGUUAAGGAAAUGCAUGGAAAACCUGUGAGAACUACAUAUGGAUUUAAGAAUGCAGGAAGAAAAAGAAAUGCUGACCCAUCGCGCAAAGGUGACAAAUUAAUGCCAGGACUGUACAAACAUGGAACAUCCAUUGAUGAGCUGAAUAAACAACAUGUGACAUACAGUUUUAAGUCUUGCGACAGAUAUCAUACUCCAACAGCACUAGUGGGAUACAUGGACAAGGAGUUUGUGAAGAGUCAAAUCAGCCCAAACACAUAUUACACUGGGUACAAGUAUGUGCCUAAGUUACCUUCGAAGCAUCCAGCUUUCAAGUCUCAAGAGCGCAGAUUCCCAACCAUCUACUUUAAACCAAGAGAAGGUCCCCCUCCUGGAGAGUACAAACUCUCCAAGGACCCAAUUUUACCAAAAGGACCAAAUGUUACUUCUCCAUUCAAGUCAAAAACUCCAAGAUUUGUCCAACCUCAUGUGCUGAAAACACCUGGUCCUGGAACAUAUUGCAAGACAUACCAAACACCAAUGCCAGAUACAAUCAAGAAAAUGGCAAGAAAUUAUGGAUUGUUCUUUACCUCAGGGACUUAUGGAGAUUAUUAAUAAUAUAUUUUUCUUAUGAAUUAAAAAUGGGAAGGAUAUGAUGUCAGACACAAAGGAAGGUGAAGGAGAUACAAAUGAACCACCAACCAAUACUCCUGCUGAUGCACUUGAACAUCUGUAAAUUGUAAAUAUAAAAACUGGCUUUUUGAAAUUGCAUUUGUUUUUUUAUAAGAGUAUGUGAGGUAGAAAUAAAACAAAUUGAUA